UGGUUUGAAUUCACCCCCCACGAGUCUGGUUUCCCUGGCCUGGGGGCAUUCGUGAGCACUAAGGCCUUGGGAAGCAAGUUCCAGGGUGGGACUUUGAAAGAACAGAGGGAAGAGAAACACAUCGGAUACUUGCAAGGUCUCUGGGGAAGUGCCCCUGGAAGCAUGAAGGAAAACAUAAAAUAUUUAUUAGAUCUUAUUAAGGACAAAUACCAAAGACUGUGUAGAGAACGGCAAUAUGCACAGUCUAUAGCAGAAGGCCUGCGAGGUCUCUCAGGUUCCGUGGUUCUCAGAGCUACUCAUUGUUCUUGUGGCUACUGUCAAGGCGUUGUCUUCUUCCUGGAGCUUUACAUGCAAGGCUCAGCCGGGAAAGACUGCGAGGGAGUCUUCAGGCAGCUAAAGGAAGUGCUAAAAGGUGAGAAAAGCAAGAAUUCCUACCUGAAGUGCUGUGAGGUGCAUGAGGCCUGGACUUCAAAGACGUGGGAAGAAAGAAAGACAGAGUUCACUCAACUCAUCGUGGUUUUUAAAAUUGAAUUUCAAGGUACUGAUUGUUCCUGUGGCCACUGCCGAGGCGUCGUCCUCUUCCUGGAGCUUCACAUGCAAGUCUCAGCUGGGAAAGACUGCGAGGGAAUUGUGAAGAAGCUAAUAGAAAUCCAGAGAGGCAAGUGGAUCGGCGGGACUAGAUUUACUGCCUGUUCCUUGUCUAACCAUCCCCCUUUGAACAUCCCUGUGCCCCGAAACGGAUCCAAUGAGCCUUCUCUGACUUAUCUCCCAUUUAAGCUCAUUUUGUCCUUUAUUUAUGCAGAAGAAGGUAUCAGAAUUUCUUACCCGAGGUGCGAUGAUAAAGAUUUGUUCCAGUAUUGGACAAUCGUGGCAGAAGGAUGUGGGGAGAUCAUUGAAUUCAUCUGGGAAUGUGAACUGGCAGUUGCAGGAUUCAUAUGGAGCGUAGCGAAACUCUUGUGGAAAAUCGCAUGCUGCCUUUGCUUCUGGACGUGGGGCACCACCCACAACUUCCUCUACGGAAGCGAUGAUGCCCAAAACACUGGCUUGGCCAACGAAGAAUUAAUCUCCUUGAUCGAUGCCGGCAUUGCAAUCAAUUCCGCCUACCCCCUGGUGCUGCGUCCAGCAAGGAAUGUAAAACUGAUCCUCUCCUUCGACUUCAGCUCGGGGGAUCCCUUCGAGACCAUCAGGAGAGCGUCCGAGUAUUGCCAGGAAAAUCGGAUCCCAUUUCCCCCGGUAGAUCCCCAGGUGAUUAAGGACCAAGACAAGCCCUCCAGUUGCUACAUCUUCAGUGGAACGGAUACUCCCACCGUCAUGCACUUCCCACUCUUCAACACAGAAAACUGCCCCGGAGCAAACGAGAUACAGCAGUGCAGAGACAAGUUUGCCACCAUACGUCCAUGCUACGCAAAGGAAGAUAUCGAAGAACUCCUCACCAAAGCGAAGAAGAACGUGUCCAAUAACCUGGAUAAGAUUCUGAAGGAAAUCAAGCAGAUUAUGUCCUCGCCCACCCCCAAAUAAUUUAAAAACCAUUCUCUUUUUAUUCAAGAAAGACAGAAAACUUGGGGAUGGACGGACGGGCAGGCGGGCAGGUUUUGCCCAGGAAAACUCAUGAUACUAUAUAUCUACAUACAUGAAUUUGUUGGUCUCUAAGGUGCCACAGGACUACUCAUUAUUUUAUAGAUAAAUUCUUAUGCACAAAUUACAAACGUAGAUAGAAUUUGUAAGAUACUUACUCACACAUGUUGGUACAUCAAUGUUCACGCGCCAGCCUCCUUGGUUGACAACAUCGUGAUACUCCCGAGAUCAUUCAGAUACGAAGGGCUUUUUCUUCAAAUCUACCCUCACCCCACACCUCAAAAAAGAGUUCAGCUCCUUCACGCUUGCUAUCUGGUUACCCUACAUCUCUUUCGCGCAAACAUUGUCACUGUGCAAAAUGUUAACAUUGCAGCUGUGUGGAAGUAUGUGUGUCUGCAAGAGCUCUCUGUGGUGUCUCCCAGUUUUGGGAAGGAAAGGAAAUAAGAAAGGAGUUUUGUGGUGAGCAGUGAGGCAUCUAACAAUCUCAUUUACACCCUAGAUAGAUGUGGAGUAACUUCACUGCAGCUGAUGAUGUUCCUCCAUCCCUAGAGGUGUUCAAGUCCUGUCUUGACCAAGCCCUGGCUGGGAUGAUUGAGUUGGGUUGGUCCUGCCUUGGGCAGGG